CCAACAUAUUCUAUACGAUCAGUGUCAUUUAAGCUACUUUCAUGGUUGCACCAACCAUUUUCAGUUACAAUAAUUUCCGGUUGGUUGUAAUGGUCGUGGACCCAUUUUAAUAGGUUUUUAAAUCCCCAAGGAGUUUGUACCAUUUUUGAAUUGCACUUGUUCGCUUUCCAAGAGCUAUCUGUAUAGGAAUUGAAGCCUUGAUCUACUAUGUAGCUGGCGUUACCUGGCAAAUCGUCUUCUUGAUAUUGGAGCUCUACCAUUGCAGUAAUGAAUCGCAGGCAACGUCUCCUGUAUCGUUAUUCGCAAUUUUUUCGGGAUUUUCGUGGAUAAAAUUGUCCCAGACGCUCGGUGUUCUACCGCCUUGGUUCCAGGCUCCUUCGAUUUGAUAGGCCGAAGUGGAAACGCCGAAUUUGAAACUGGGUGGGAAAGGUUUGCUGUUGAGAACAAUACAAAUAAAUGGCAAAACAACUAGGCUCAUGCGCCCUCAAUACUACGCUCAAUGUUUGUAUUGUAACUUUUCCAAUCUUCAAACAAACUAAUUUUUCUCGUAAAAAUGGCUACAGCCGAAGUUCUAGACCUCUCAAAAACGUUUGAAGGCAACGAUUCGCCAAACGAAAUGAUGCCACUAACAAAUAAAACUCUAAAGUUCAAAACCGACUCUAGAUUAUCGACUCCGAAACCAAUAAUGCACAUCGGAGCCUCUACAGAAUUUCAACGACAACCAUCGGCUUUGCCUAAAACCCCAUUUAAACCCAACACAGGCUAUAGCAGAGCUGGUACAGGUUUCAAACCGACAACAAACUUUAAAAAACCAGGAUCUGGCAAACCGUUGACCGGUUUCCGGCCGCAAACCGGUUCCGACACGGUCAACAGGCCCAUGACUGCUGUAAGGGGCGCAGGCUACACUUCUGGAACUAAUAAACCCUUUGAUCCUCUCAACCAGGCAAAUCUACAAACUCCACCGUUGGAAUUGCAAAAGGAUGAUUCGCCCGAAGAAAAGAUGCGGCAACAAGAGAUUAGGAUUAUGCAAUUGGUUGAAGAAGCGUGCGUGGCUCAAAGUGAAGGGGAGCCUAAAAAGGCCUUGACUAAGGCCAAAGAAGCUUCGCACAAAGAGAGGAGCCUUAUUAAGAUGCAAGAGCAAAAUGGACUUGGUAAUCAUCAUAAUAUUGAUCUUACUUUUGCGGUUCUCUUCAAUCUGGCAAAUCAAUAUGCAUCCAAUGAACUUUACACUGAAGCCUUAAACACUUACCAAAUGAUUACAAAAAAUCGCAUGUUCGCCAAUGCUUACCGUUUAAAGGUAAACAUGGGCAAUAUUUUCUUCAAACAAGGCCACUUUCAAACGGCAGUCAAAAUGUAUCGGAUGGCUUUGGAUCAAGUACCUUCUAGCCAGAAAAAUUUACGGAUCAAAAUAAUGCACAACAUUGCUAUGGUGUUUGUUAAAAUGGGCCAAUGGGAAGAAGCCGUUAACAGUUUGGAAUUCAUAAUGAGCGAACAGGCCUGUCAUAGGGCCGGAUUGCAUUUAGUCGUUUGUUGUAGGGCUUUGGAAGACCAAGACAGAAUGAGGACUGCUUUCAUGCUUUUACUUUCCGUUCCUAUGGAUAUCGAAGACGAAGAUAAAUAUAAUUUAGAGCAGGAUAAUCCCGAAGACGCCUUAUUAGCUUUGGCCAUCCAAAACGACGAUUUGCAUAAGUACGAAAUGGCCAAGAAAAAAGAUGCAGAAUAUUGUAUUCUUACCUCUGCCAAAUUGAUAGCUCCAUUUGUCGAAGAAAGUCUUGACAAAGGCUAUGAUUGGUGCGUGUCUUUAAUCAAAAACUCCCAAUACGCUCCUUUGGCUUCAGAUUUGGAAAUAAACAAAGCCGUAAUGUUCUUGAAGCAAAACCAGCUACCCCAAGCUAUCGAAACUCUAAAAGCUUUCGAAAGAGAUUCUGAGAUAGCUUUAAAUGCUGCUACAAAUUUAAGCUUCAUUUAUUAUUUGCAAGGCGAUUAUGAUACAGCCUUACAAUACAGCCAAACGGUGGAAAACUGCAAAACCCCCAACGCAAACGGCUACGUAAACUUUGGAGCUUGCCUGAUGGCCAAAAACCACCUGGACAAAGCCAUCCAAAGCUUCCAAAAAGCCUUGGCCUUAGAUUCAAACCACUUCGAAGCCAUUUUCAAUUUGGGCUUGUGCCUGAAACGGCAAGGUCACUACGUCGAAGCGUUGUCUUGUUUCCAACGCUUCGCUGGGUCUUUGGCGCUGCUUCCAGCUGUAGUUUGCCAAGUGGCCAACUUGCUGGAGCUGAUUGGGGACGUUGAAGCUGCUACCGAUACUUACCAGCAACUUUUAGGGCUGGCACCUACCGACGCGAAGGCUUUACAGAAAUUGGGCGAGUUGUUCGAUCAUGAAGGCGAUAAACAACAGGCUCAUCAUUAUCAUGUCGAUUCAUUCAGAUAUUAUCCAGCAAAUUUGUCAGUGAUUGAAUGGCUAGGCUCCUACUACAUUGAAAUGCAAGUGGUCGAAAAGGCGUUGACUUAUUUCGAAAAAGCUGCCCUCAUGCAACCGGGAGAACCCAAAUGGAACAUGAUGGUGGCAGGAUGUCACAGGCGGAGUGGCAACAUGCACAAGGCUUUGACGCUUUAUCAAGAAAUUCAUCGACAAUUCCCUGAAAACUUGGAAUGUCUCCGAUUCUUGAUAAGACUGUGCGGCGAUUUGGGUAUGCGAGAAGCCCAAGACUAUUUGCAGGAACUGAAAAAAUUGGAAAAGACCAAAGAAGUGAGGGAAAGAGUCAACAGCAGCAGACCGGGUUCAAGGAGAAGCAACAGCGGGCUGAGUUCUAGAGCGGGUUCCGGGUUCAGUCCGGUACCCGAGCACACUUCGAUAAAAAGCCCUUCGUCCUUGUCGGGCUCAACUAACAGGAAUUUGAGAAGUGUUAGAGAGGCGAGGGUGCAAAAUAGUGCUAGUAGCAGUAGCGAUUCAGGAUUGGGACAAAAUAAUAAUGUUGAUGCAACUUAUUCUGAUCCAUUAGGACCCUUACCUCUGAGACCUAGAACAGGAGCUGGUAAGCCAUUGGACUUUGACGAUUUCGGCAAUGAUGAGCUUGGAGAUGAUUUAUUACCAGAAUAGGUGUUAUUUAAUUGUAAUAAUAAACAUUUUUUUUUAUGAAAACCAAUCGGGAUUGACCCCUCGCAACCAAAUCUCAUUGUUAGUCGCCAAAUGAUUUGUAGAUUCAACUUCUUUUUUUAAUAUUUCCAUCAGAUUCUUCUCUAGUACUAAUUUGGAAUUUGUGUGCUCCUCUUUUACGCCGUUGUAGGGCCUGAACGAAUAAUUUCCUAAAGCCAUGUGAAAGAAUUCUUCAGGAGUUACAGUGUUUUUAAAUAAAACAUCCCAUUCUUCAAUGGCUGCUAAACUUAAACGUAACUCAUUCGUUAAACGUAUUGUGACAUUUGCCAAAAUAUUGGGGCCAAGCUUUUUAGAUAUGUUGCCCAAAUUAAUAAAAAAAUCUAAAAAUUUAAAUACAUUUAACUGUAGAGUAUUUUGAUUGGUUUUAAUCAAAUAUCUCCUAGUCAAUCCAACACUUUUUAAUUCGUUAAUGACCCGGAAAACAUAGUCUUGAUCCAGCUUAUUGGUGACUUCUAACAUCAAUGGCAUAAGACCAGCUUUCCAAAACAUCAAAUAAACUCGCUCUAAAGGAAUCGUGUUUUCCAAAUCUUUUUUGGUUUCUUCGUAAACGUGUCCCCUUAAAAUUGGAUCAAUUAAAUGUUUUACUUCAUCGUUGGAUUUCAUUCGUUUAAAUGAUAUUGUUUCGUUUGUGGUGUUUAUGGUUUUCUUGAAAGUUUUCUGGAUAAUUAGGUUGAACGGUUCAAUGAGUGGUGCUAAAUUGGUUGUGGGUUUCAGCAGGGUUAUGUCUAUAAUUUUGAGAGCUUGGAUCCAGGUGGAGAAUCUGCUUACUGGGUCUGGAAAAAAAACUCGGUUUCAGCAAAGAUGUUUUCCAGACACUGGGUGAAUAUUGGUGAAGAAAUGUUUGUAACAAGGAUUUCUUGUCAUUGAUAAAACUUUGAUAGUAUAAACUAGAUGCACGAUGAAAGAAAUAGAAAAAGCUAUGUGGUAAUGAUGAUGAGAUUUCUAAGUACCUGUUAAAGAAGUUAAGAGUAAGUUAAUUUCAAAUCAAGUACUGGUUGUACUAUUAAUUUUUACCUUCGAUAGUCAUCAGUUCCGGAGUGACUCUGAAUUUCCCAAGUAAAAUCUGGCCAAGUCUCACCAGCACAUCUUCCUUACGCAGUUUAUAAUAUCCCCCACAUUGUCCAUUACUCCAAAUUUCUAUAAACUUAAUAAAAUCUUUUGCAAUAUUCGGACGAUUUUCUCCGAAACAAUCGGACAUAAUUUCUUCUAUAACUAUAGGAAAUUCUCGGGCUUUUUUCUGACAACUGUACACGUAAAUUUUGGGCAAGUCGUACUUGCCUUGGGUACAUAUAAAACUAAAAACAGUAUCAUUGUCUUCUGAAGUGUUGAGUAUAACGUUUUGUCUGAUGCUACGAGUUCUGGCUGUUAAAUUAAUUGUUUUACUGGAUUCAUUAUUAGGAAGACACUUGCAAGAAAUCGUAAUCUUGCGACAAAUGUCGCAAAAAUUCACCGGCAUUGAAGCGAUCAAUGUCGGAUCUACAAGAGACGUUGAAAAAGUAAUAAAUCUUGUAUCGUCCACAAUAAUUGAUUUAUUGUUAAUUUUUUCGAUUUGUCUAGCAAUAGCUUCAUAACUUGUAGGACCUUUUUCAAAGGGUUGCAAUAUUUUCAUAUUAUGCGAAGCGAUUUGUUUGAAUUGGAUAGCGCAACGAAUCGUGUGGGCACCUCUGCCAGGAAGAUCUUUGAAUUCGAUGUCUACGACAACGUCGCCGAAGUUUUCCCAUUUUUUGUCUCCUGCGGAUAUUUUGAAAUCUUGGACUGUUGGAUUGAAGCUCAAAUUUAUCGACCAAUAGGCUAUCAGCGAGUUUUUGUAGAGGUUGUAGUGGUCUUCGAAGUUUUUCUCGUCUCUUGGACGAUAAGUCUAAAUUGGAAACAAUAAUUUAUCUAUUGAAUAUAUGUUUUUUAACAAUUAUUUGUAUCCACACCAUACCAUGAUAUCAGCUAAGUGAGAAUUGCAGUACAAAAAAUGGUAUAUAUUUUAUAUAACAGUACCUAUAUAAAGUUUAUAUGGUAUGCAUGUUUUUUACCUCUCUUUUAGUUUUAUAAUCUGAUAAUGCGCUAAAUUCAACAGUUUCUAAUGGAUUUUCGAUUUGUGACAACACAUCAUCUUCUUCAGCUUCCUAUAAUAAUUGGAUUUUUUUUUUCAAGAAUCUUUUCAGUACAAAUACAUCAAACUUACUUCAUCUGUUAUCACUGAUGUUUGUUCGAUUUGGCCUUAAAUAAUACAAAAAUUUAAUUCUGAAGUUAACUAGCAAUAAUGUUUCUCACUUUUUUCAUGAAUUGCCCUACGAGCUACCUUUAAAUUCACCCUAUGCUUUUUCGAUUUCAAGUGAUUUUGAUAAAAGGUUUCAUCUGUUAGAACUAUACCGCAUAAUUUACAUCUAAUUCCAUCUGAAAUAAAUAACUUUCAAAUACUGAAAAUAAUAGUUCAUACAUACAUACCUUGUGAAUUUUCCCUAGAAGUACUAGCAAAGGAACUUGAAACCGAUGUAGUAGUACUCAUGUUUCCAAAAAGUAUUCAAUAAACAAUAAAUUUAAAAAAUUGUGGUAGGUUUAAAAUGCAAUAUAAAGUAUUAAUAGCUAAGAGAAAUUGUGGGUUAUUGUUUCAAUAAUGCAACGCAAAUGAUGUUAUUUUUGGAACCUUGAAGCUUUUAACCUUGGGUUCGUAUUGCAGAAUAUCGCCUUUGGCAAAAU